AUGUUGAGACUGUGCAAGAUGCCAUCCCAGGAGCUGAACUUUGGUGGUGGUAAUAAGCUGUUUGUGAAUCAUUCAGCCAUGCCAGAGUGUGCAGCUGAAGAUUCCAAGCAUUUGCAACAUCAAGUCAGUUCUAAGGUCACUUGGGACCCGCCACACUUUAUUUCAACAACCCUACGCUACACCCAACACCGACCCUUUGUCACACGUCAAAUCUACUCCGUCACACCCUACACCCACAUCCGUCACGCCCCACCCCAACCUCCGUCACACCCUACAACACCCUCCGUCACACACGACACUAAACUCAGUCACGCCCACACCUACCCUCCGUCACACCCCACACCUACCCUCCGUCACACCCUACACCUACCCUCCGUCACAUCCUACACCUACCCUCCGUCACACCCUACACUAAACCCCGUCACGCCCCACCCCAACCUCCGUCACACCCUACAACACCCUCCGUCACACACGACACUAAACUCAGUCACGCCCACACCUACCCUCCGUCACACCCCACACCUACCCUCCGUCACGCCCACACCUACCCUCUGUCACACCCUACACCUACCCUCCGUCACACCCUACACCUACCCUCCGUCACACCCCACACCUACCCUCCGUCACACCCAACACCUACCCUCUGUCACACCCUACACCUACCCUCCGUCACACCCUACACCUACCCUCCGUCACACCCCACACCUACCCUCCGUCACACCCUACACCUACCCUCCGUCACACCCUAAACCUACCCUCCGUCACACCCUACACCUACCCUCCGUCACACCCUACAUCUACCCUCCGUCACACCCUACACCUACCCUCCGUCACACCCUACACCUACCCUCUGUCACACCCUACACCUACCCUCCGUCACACCCCACACCUACCCUCCGUCACGCCCACACCUACCCUCCGUCACACACCACACCUACCCUCCGUCACACCCUACACCUACCCUCCGUCACACCCUACACCUACCCUCCGUCACACCCCACACCUACCCUCUGUCACACCCUACACCUACCCUCCGUCACACCCCACACCUACCCUCCGUCACACCCUACACCUACUCUCCGUCACACCCUACACUAA